CUGUAGAUGGAAUUCAAAAUUGGAGGUCGGAAUUUUUAAUUUGCAGUGGGGAGAAAUAUAAUGACUAAUACAAUAUAUUUCAGGCCUGAUUCGGAGGAAGAUUCUGAAAAUGAUGAUCCUUCACCGGAACCUGAAACUACUAGAGUAAACUGUUUUGGCUAUUCAGUUCCAUCAUCGUCAACAAAAACAGCAAUCAAGGAGGAAAAGGAUCAAGCGGAAGAAAUCGAGUGCAAAAAAUGUAAAAGGAUUUUAGAUGUUAUUGAAAAUGGAAAUCGAUAUCAGAACCAGAAAAGAAUAGAUGAUAAUCAAGAUUAUCUAUUGGGAAUGCCACGAAGAAGAACAAACUCUAGGGUGAGUAAAAAUGUAACUAACGGUUUGCAUGGAGAACAGGUUGCUGCUGGUUGGCCUAUUUGGCUUGUUUCUAUUGCUUCUGAGGCUAUAUAUGGCUGGACUCCUCGUGCAGCUCACACCUUUGAAAAGCUUCAUCAGAUUUCUCGGGGAGCCAGAAGCACCGAGUAUAAAGCUAAAGACAAUUUGACCAGUAAAAUUGUGGCAUUAAAGAAGGUGCAAAUCGAUAGAUCGGAUUCUGUGAGUUUAAGAUCAAUGGCUAGACAACUUAUAAUCAUGCGCCGGCUGGACCACCAUCCUAAUGUAAUAAAAUUAGAAGGUCUGGUAGUAUCUUCGAAGAAUAAGAAGUGUUAUGAAUUACACCUUGUGUUUGAGCAUAUGGAACAUGAUUUAUCUGAACUCGCUACUGGUGGUGGAACUAAGCUUACAGAGACUCAGGUGAAGUCUUCUAUGCUUCAAUUGUUAUCUGGACUUGAGCACUGUCACAGCCUGGGAGUCUUACAUCGUAAUCUUAAUGGAUCAAAUCUCUUACUUGACAACAAAGGAAUACUCAAGAUUGCUGGUUUUGGAUCAGCUUCGUUCUUUGAUCCUAACAAUAAGAAACCGAUGAGUAAUCGGGUAGCCAAUUUAUGGUAUAGAGCUCCAGAGCUUAUUUUGGGCGCUACAGACUACGGUGUAGGUAUUGACCUAUGGAGUACUGGUUGCGUUCUUGGUGAAUUAUUGACUGGGGAGCCAAUCAUGACCGGGAGUACACAAGUGGAGCAAUUGCACCAGAUUUUCAAGCUCUGUGGAUCCCCGUCAGAAGCAUACUGGAGAACCGCAAACCUUCUGCACAAAAGCUUAUUCAUGCCCCAAUAUCCAUAUAAACGAUGCAUAGUCGAGACUUUCAAAACUUGCCCACCAGCAUCAUUGCAAUUGAUGGAAAUACUUCUGGCAAUCGAUCCAUUUGAGCGUCAAACCGCCACUGCUUUAUUGAAGAUUGAGUUUUUAUCAGACAGGCCAAGCUUGAUGCAUUCAGAAGCCUAACGUAUGCAUCGUUCAAAAGAAGUUACACGUAUUCUAGAGAGCAAAAUGAUUAAAUCUGUUCGGGAUUUCUAUCCCAUGUUGUAUGCAAAUAAAACGAGUGCAAGCUUAUAUAUAUUUCUUGCAUUUUGUGUAUCUAUAGACCUCAUUCUUUUAAAACUAGUACGGUCAUUCUUUUCCGUGUAGAAAUAUGAGCAUCAUAAAAUCCUACUUUAGCUAUUCA